UGUCAGGGACGCGCACACACAGCAGUGCAAUAUUAGAGACUACAAGCUAGCUUUCUGCACACAUAUUUUCCCACAGGUACAUCAUAACCUCACACAACUACACCUGUCCUCGUUGUUUCUCAACUGGACAUUGAUGCAUUUGCCUCAACAGUAACCGUAGCGGUCCCUCCGAUCGUUAUUGCUUUUAUUCCCUUCCCUCCCGCAUCCAAAGACUGAUCUACGCUACAAGAUGGCUGAGCUGAAUUUGGGGAAGGGGCUCACUGCAGGGAAAGUGGCCAGUAACGUGCAGAAAAAACUAACCAGAGCGCAAGAAAAGGUUCUGCAGAAACUUGGCAAAGCAGACGAGACCAAAGAUGUCGCUUUUGAAGAGGGAGUAAUCAACUUCAACAAACAAUAUGCUGAAGGCAGCAAACUCCAGAGGGAUUUAAGAGCAUACCUCGAGGCUGUGAAAGCCAUGCAUGAGUCCUCUAAGAACCUUCAGGCAUGUCUAGCUGACAUGUAUGAGCAAGACUGGUACGGCAAGAAUGAAGUGGACUCCAUUGUGGAGGAUUGUGAUGUGCUUUGGACUGAUUACCACCAGAAGCUGGUUGAUCAUGCUCUCAUCUCCAUGGAUACUUACCUGGGCCAGUUCCCUGAUAUUAAGACUCGUAUAGCUAAAAGGGACAGGAAGCUGGUAGAUUACGACAGUGCCAGGCAUAACUAUGCCGUGACACACAAAACCAAGAAAAAGGACGGGGGCAUUAAAAUUACUAAGCCCUCAUCCUUGUUGGAAAGGGCCACUCCAGGAUGGGCUCAGGGUAUUCUGUCUGCACACAACGUUGCCCAAAGCAGUCUUUCCAGGAGCCAGGCUGAGGAGGAGCUAGAAAGGGCCCAGAAGGUGUUUGAGGAGAUUAAUGCUGACUUGCAAGAAGAGUUGCCGUCACUUUGGAACAGUCGUGUUGGGUUUUAUGUCAGCACCUUCCAGAGUUUGGCUGGUUUUGAGGAGAAGUUUCACAAAGAAAUGAGUCGGUUGGAUCAGGAUAUGUAUGACACCCUGGAGAAACUGGAGGAAACAGACACAACUAGCAAGACAGGUAUCUGCGGCGCCUCAUCAUCAGGAGCAAAUAGGAGCGGUAAAGAGGCAUCUAACCACACUCUCAGGCCAGGAGGACCACCCCCGAUCCCCAAAUCCCCAUCCAAGCUCAGACCAGCAGUGCCUCCUCCACCCAAGGUGACACCAUCUAAAGAGCUAAAAACAGAGAAUAUCAUCAACCUUUUUGAUGCUGCAGCUACUCCUGAUAUCAACGUCACCUCCCCUACAGAGCCUGCAAACUGGGACUCAUGGCCUGAGGACAGUGGUGCCCAAGAAGAAGCGACCACACAGCACUAUGACCCUGUGGCUGCUGCUACAGAGGCCUGGGGGGAUGAUGGUUCGCAGCCUGUCCACUAUGAUCCCAUCACAGCUGCUACAGAGGGCUGGGGGGAUGACGGAACCCAGCCAGUUCGCUAUGACCCUUUGGCUGCAGCUCAAGAGGGAUGGGGGGAUGAUGAAAACCAGCCGGUUGAUUAUGACACCGUAGCUGAAGCCCAAGAGGGCUGGGGCGAUGAGGAAAGCCAACCAGUCGCAGAGGUGCCUGCCACAGACUAUGAAACACCUGCAGAUGAGGCUCCAGCAGACGCAGUUGAGGAGGAAGCCCCCCCAGCUGCUGCUGUGUUGGAUAAUGAAGAGGGUCAGGGAGACUCUGCAGCAGCUGCAGCAGCUGCAGCAGCUGAACCAGCUACACCAACUGCACCGGCUGCACCAGUAGUGGAAGAAGAAGCAAAGGAGGAAGAGGAGACACCUGCAGUAGCAGCAGAAUCAACAGAAGUAGCAUCAGAAUCUGCAGAGAUGCCUCCUGGCUUUCUGUUCAAGGUCCAAGUGAUGCACGAUUAUGCUGCCAAUGACACAGAUGAACUGGAGAUGAAGGCCGGUGACGUGGUGCUAGUAGUGACUUUUGACAACCCCGAAGAACAGGAUGAAGGCUGGCUGAUGGGAGUAAAGCAAGACGACUGGCAGCAAAACAAAGAAAAUGGCACUAAAGGAGUAUUUCCCGAAAACUUUACCCAGAGGCUGUGAGGCUGCCUCUUAUCUACAAGAGGACAGGACCGCAGUCCGGCACUUUCUUUAUGUUUCUCUUCCUCUUGCCCAUUUUCCCUUUCUUGCCCUGAUACUGUAUCUUUCCUAGGACUUUGGCCAUAAAAGCAGAGCUGUCACAGCCCUGGAUGAAAUCAUGCAUUUCUAAGGUCUGCUACACUGUGCUAAAAGGGGAUGUUGGCAUUUCUGUGGAUUUCUGCCAACAUUUACAAAUUACAGAUGUAGCCAUUUCACAGGUUUCACUUUCAGCAGUUUUUCUCUGCAAUUACCUGAUAUUUGAGGAAGUGAUUGGAGACUCGAGCUCAUACUGAAUAAAUGAAAGGAUGGUGAUUCCUGAAAUGGUUGCAGCUGAAAUGGCAUUAAAAUCUUUUAUCUUUGAUCACUCGUCAUCAUGCGAAAGAUGUUGACUGACAUGUUUUAAACUGGGAAUGAGAUAUCAAGGACCGUUUGUAGUUAGUAUGAUGUCAGGUGUAGCAGAGCGUCUUACACCCACGUCAGUCUAAAAAUGGAUUUGUUAAGAGAAUGUAAGGCUGAGCAAAAGGUAAAAACACUUCACUUUAGUAGAAACAGUGACUAAGCAGAUUAAAACGCUGAAAAAAUCGAACCAACUCCUAGCUUGCAACUUCACUUUCCUUCUAACUUUGAACUUACAUGGUACUGAAACCUCAUCAGCCCAGCAGCAGAUCUUUAACUAGGACUGGAGUUCUCAGAUUAGUGAUCACACUCCUGAUAAACUGCAUUGGAUAAAACCUGUCCUUUAUCCCUAUUUUAACUUUUUACUUAUAGAAGAUUGGCCCUUGGUUAUUGUAUUAGUUUAGACUCUGUGGUGGUAUAGGUAGUAUGAACCUGUUGUUAAAAUCCAAAUAAAUACAUAUAUGUUGUUAACUGAUCAACAUAUUACUGGAUUUACAUUGCUGGACAACAGUCAAGUAAACAAGGAAUCCAUAAUUAUGAUUUCUGGUCUGGGAGUCUCAUAUGGUAUUAAUGACUAAUUGAUAAAUUAUUUUUGACUGUUGUUGUUUUUUUGUUUGUUUUUUUACCUUAUCAAGCGAUUUCAAAUAUGCAUUAGCCUGGCUUGCUAAAAGCUAGCCUACAAAAUACAGAAACAAGAAACUGCUACUGGUAGUAUAAUAGUUUAUAGAUAUGGCAACACCCUUAUACUAAUCAAAUAUAUAAUAACUGAGCCAGCCUCACUAACUAAAUAAAUAAAUAAAUGUGCCGAAAACAGUUCCCUCUGUUUGCAAAGAGACUAUUUAACUCACAUGCAGAUGAUUAUGAAUAUGCACCAGAGCAACUUCUUUUAUUUUUAUAUGCUGCCAAGCAAUGAUUACAUAUAGCCUAAUGUAACUAUGUCAACAGAAUUGCCAACUGAGGAUGAUAUGGAGUGUUUUGUACUUCUGUAAGGUUUACUGCUCUCGACGUAGCCGCGUAGGUAGUUAAAACUAUCUCACAUUCAGUCAUUCAUUCAGUCACUGAAUUAACAGCGAUUCUCAUGAUGUUAUUAACAUGUAAUAAGUCUGAGAGAAAAUGUACGUGUGUACGAUUGUAUGUGUGUGUGUUUAUGAGUUGUUUGAGAUCAGAAAUCUUUAUCUAUAGGCUAUUGUUAUUGGAUGAUACCACCGCCACAACCUACCAGGGGAAGUUUUUCUGACCGGACAAGGGCAACUCAAAUGUAUUUGGGCCUUUUUCCACUGGCUGGUAUUACGGUUCCAGGUGUUAUUGUGCAUUUGUUGUGUAUAAGUGUAAUUUUACCAAGCUGUGAUGACAGAUACAUAUUCUAUAAAGACAUUCAUAUUGUAUGUGUGUUACUGUGUGCAUGCUGACUUCCCAUGUGUUGUUGUGUGAACACCCUUAAUUUAAGACAGUGAUACUUGGGUCACUUUUGAGGCAGUUGAAACAAGGUAUUUAUUUUUAUUUUUUUAUGUGUUUUGUUAAACUUUAUAAGAUGGUGGUGGGCAGUCAUGGUGUGUGUUUUUCUGCCAUUCUCUUUCAAAUCAGUCCUGAUUAUUACUGCUGGUUGCCCAUCAGCCUUGCCUCAAAAUGUUGCUAGGUAUCGUGGUCCAAACAGAGCUAAUUACAUGGAGGCUUGUCACAUAAAGACAAAUUCCAAGCAACCAGACACAAGUGGACUUUUUCGAAUGGUUUUCAGUAUUUUUAAACCACUUUGGACUGCAUUUCUUUCUUUUGUUCAUGUAUAUUUAAAAUGCCUUAUAACACGUGAGAACAACAGCUUCACAUUAAGGCAAAUUAAUCACUAUUUCUUUUCCCUUUUUUGUAUAAAUUAGUCAUGUUUACCUGAGUCUGGCUCUGUAUUUGUCUUUAUGUAACACUCUCCUAUGUUGAGCUAUGGGGUAUGACACAAAGGACUUUCCUGUACCUAACUGACCAAUAUUAAAGAUAAAAAAUAU